AUGGCCGCCAAUGUUGGGGAAUCAGCGGCAGUUGGUGGCAGCAGCAGCGAUGCAGCUGGAGGGAGCUUCGAGUGCAAUAUUUGCUUUGAGUUGCCGCAAGAGCCAAUAGUAACUCUCUGUGGCCACCUAUUCUGCUGGCCGUGCCUCUACAGAUGGCUGCACAUGCACGCCAACACACCAGAGUGCCCUGUGUGCAAGGCCAUUGUUGAAGAAGACAAGCUUGUCCCCCUUUAUGGCCGUGGCAAGGACCGCGUCGACCCAAGGUCAAAGAACACGCCUGGAGGCGACAUUCCUCAGCGCCCAGCUGGCCAGAGGCCUGCUACAGCCCAACAGGCUGAUCCGAACAACAAUUUUGGCAACGCCCAUGCAAAUCCAUGGUUCAUGGGCAUGGGGGGCGCGGGGGCGGGGGCGGGAGUUCCACUGGCGAAUGGACGGUGGGGCAACUAUGCGUUCUCGGCUGCGUUUGGGGGCCUGUUCCCUAUGCUUAGCUUUCAAAUGCAUGGGUUCCCAGAUCCAGCUGCAUAUGCUCAGCCUGCCGGGUUUCACUAUGGGUUUGGUCACGGCCAUGGGUUCCAUGGCGGGCAUAUGGGGCACGCCCACGGCGUCCCCCGCCAAGGACCGCUAGGGCAGCAGCAGCAGCAGGCAGAUGUCUACCUGAAGGCCCUUCUUAUCAUGGUCGGAGUUCUUGUGAUCGCAAGCCUCCUCGCAGCUUAA